UAGACGACAGAGUUCGUUUUGAAACCACUAGCUGCAUUUGUUAAUCAAACUUUUUUUUCUCGCCAUUGCUUCUUUUUAAGAAGCAGAAAUGGCAGAUCUUGACAACAUUGAAGUGCUGGAAGGUUCAGCCCCGACAUCGGGUGGAAUUGUAGUUCGAAAGAAAAAAAAUAACGACAAAAUCGAAGAAGAAGGACCCAAAGUAUCAUUGCUGGGACUGGACAAGCUUGCUGAACAAAAACGUAGAUUGAAAGAGGCAUUACUUCAGGAUUUGAAAGACGAAGCUGACCAGAGAAAACUUGAUGAAGGAUUUCAGAAGCCCCAUGUCAAGGUCGACAAGAAAACCUUGCGGACGUCAGAUGAAACCCCCACAUACACUGGAGGUGUUUCCGAUGAAGCUAGAAACAGACUGCAGCACAGACAAGAUCGUGACAAGCAGAGGAAGUUUCACGUCUCUUCUAAAGUAAAGAAUGAUAGACACAGGGAUGAAAGUCCCAAGUUCAAACGUCCUGGCGAGAGAAGAGACGAUCGCAGUAUUCGAGAAGAUAGCAAACGUUCAAGACGUUCAGAUAAUGGUUGGGAAACGCCGAAAUUCCGGGACGAGCCUUCAACCCCCAAAAUCCACGUAAAAGACUCCCCGUCGCGUUCCAGCUGGGACGAUGAUGAUCUUGCGGCAUCAAAAGGCUGGGAAAAAGAUCAGGCCGAGAGACGAGAACGUCGCAUUCAGGCCAGCGGUGGCUCAUCAGAGCGCCGUGACAGAAGAGGAGGAUCUGAUUGGUCAGAAAGAGGAGAUCGUCGUUCGUCCGACAGGUCAGAAAGAGGAGAUCGUCGCGAUUCUGAUUGGUCCGAAAGGGGAGACAGACGAAGCAAUGACAGAUCUGAACGAAGAGGUUCGAACAUGUCGGAACGCAGUGAACGGAUUGCCUAUUCUCAUUACAAGAGUGCUAGGAGUCAACGAUACAAUACGCCCAGAGAUUCUGGCAUCGGAAGUUCAGUUGCAACUGAUCGAGUGGGUUCACCCGAGGUGGAAUUGGACGCAGAAGAAUGGGAGGCUGAGCAGAAACGUCUUGACCGUGAGUGGUACGGCCUGGACGACGGUUACGAUGCCGAAGCCAGUCAAGCGUUUGGUGGAGUCAGUGAAGAGUACGCCCAGCGCAAAGAAGAGCAACUGGAACAGAAGAAGCGCAAACGUGUGUCUGCCAAGCAGAAACAAAUUCAGAAAGACAACGAACUGUGGGAACGUAACCGGAUGUUGACCAGUGGUGUCGUCACCACCAUCGACGUCGACGAGGACUACGAAGAAGAAGCCGAAGCUCGGGUCCAUCUUCUCGUCCACAACAUUGUUCCGCCUUUCCUUGACGGACGCUACGUUUUCACCAAACAACCAGAAGCCGUCGUCCCCGUCAGAGAUCCCACAUCCGAUUUGGCGAUGGCAGCCCGUAAAGGCUCGGCUUUAGUCCGAGUUUAUCGAGAGCAAAAGGAACGAAAGAAAGCGCAGAAGAAGCAUUGGGAAUUGGCCGGUACCAAGAUCGGUAACAUCAUGGGUGUAGAAGCACGUCCUGAAGAGGAUGCAGGUGCAGUGGAUGAGACUACGGGAGAGACGGAUUACAAAACGAGCCAGCGAUUUGCGGAACACAUGAAAGACUCUGACAACGCAUCCAGCGAUUUCGCCAAGAAGAAAACUCUUCAGCAGCAACGACAAUAUCUUCCCAGUUUCGCCGUUCGUCAGCAAUUGUUGACGAUCAUCCGCGAGAAUCCAGUUGUCAUUAUCGUCGGUGAGACUGGCAGUGGUAAAACGACACAGUUGACGCAGUACCUGCACGAAGCUGGCUACAGCAAGUACGGAAUGAUUGGGUGCACUCAGCCUAGGCGUGUUGCAGCCAUGAGUGUGGCCAAACGUGUGUCUGAGGAAAUGGGUUGCAAUUUAGGUGACGAAGUGGGUUACUCGAUCCGUUUUGAGGAUUGCACCAGCGAAAAAACGAUCAUCAAGUACAUGACGGACGGUAUUUUACUUCGCGAAUCUCUUCGUGAACCCGACCUGGACAAUUACAGUGUCGUCAUCAUGGACGAAGCCCACGAACGUUCACUCAACACGGACGUUCUUUUUGGUCUUUUGAGAGAUGUGGUUGGUCGUCGACAAGAUUUGAAGCUGAUCGUUACGUCAGCUACGAUGGACUCGACCAAAUUUGCCGAUUUCUUCGGCAAUGUUCCCGUUUUCAUCAUUCCCGGUCGAACUUUCCCGGUGGAUCUCAUGUUCAGUAAGAACCCGUGCGAGGACUACGUGGACUCUGCUGUCAAACAGGCCCUUCAGGUCCACCUACAACCCACUCAAGGAGACAUUUUGAUCUUCAUGCCCGGCCAGGAAGACAUUGAAGUCACUUGCGAGGUGAUACAAGAGCGACUGGAACAAGUUGACAACGCUCCGCCGUUAUUAGUGCUGCCCAUCUACUCUCAACUUCCGUCCGAACUGCAAGCCAAGAUUUUCCAAAAGUCCGCCGAUGGGAUACGAAAGUGCGUGGUGGCCACCAACAUCGCCGAGACGUCGCUGACAGUCGACGGCAUCAUGUUCGUCAUUGACGCUGGAUUCUGUAAACUCAAAGUGUACAAUCCGCGCAUUGGUAUGGACGCCCUUCAGAUUUACCCCAUCAGUCAAGCCAACGCCAACCAGCGGGCAGGUCGAGCCGGACGUACCGGCCCUGGCCAAUGUUUCCGUCUCUACACGGAACGGCAGUACAAGGAUGAAAUGCUCGUCACAACAUUGCCAGAAAUCCAGCGAACAAAUUUGGCCAAUGUCGUCCUCCUUCUCAAAUCCUUGAGUGUUCAGGAUCUCCUGCAGUUUCACUUUAUGGAUCCACCUCCCCAGGAAAACAUGUUGAAUUCUAUGUUCCAGCUGUGGACUCUGGGCGCUCUAGAAAACACUGGGGCUUUAACGCCACUAGGCCGGCAGAUGGUCGAGUUCCCAUUGGAUCCCGCUCUCUCGAAAAUGUUGAUCGCAUCGGUCGAAAUGAAAUGCAGUGCCGAUUGCCUCAUCAUCGUGUCUAUGCUCUCUGUGCCGGCCAUUUUCUUUCGACCCAAAGGCCGCGAAGAAGACUCUGACGCUGCAAGAGAAAAGUUUCAAGUACCUGAAUCGGACCAUUUGACCCUUUUACACGUUUACAAUCAAUGGAAAAUUAGCAAUUAUUCGUCGACAUGGUGCCAGAAACAUUUCAUCCACCACAAAGCCAUGCGGAAAGUGCGCGAGGUACGCCAACAGUUGAAAGACAUUAUGGACCAACUCAAGUUGCCCAUUAUCUCGUCCGGCCAAGACUGGGACGUGAUUCGCAAAUGCAUCUGCUCUGCUUAUUUCCACCAAGCAGCGCGAUUGAAAGGUAUCGGCGAGUACGUGCAUUGCCGUACUGGUAUGCCUUGCCAUUUACAUCCUACAUCCGCCCUGUUUGGUAUGGGCUACACGCCGGAUUACGUGGUCUACCAUGAACUGAUCAUGACUUCCAAGGAAUACAUGCAAUGCGUGACGGCCGUUGAAGCCACUUGGUUGGCUGAGAUGGGUCCCAUGUUCUACUCGGUCAAGCAGGCUGGCGCAGGUAGGAGUCAAAAGCGACGACAAGCUCAGGAGACCAUGUCGACGAUGGAGGAGGAGAUGAAACGAGCUCAAGAACAGAUGAUUGCCGAGAAAGAAGAGCAGCUCAAGAAAGAAGAAUCCGUUCGCAAAAAAUCGGAGAUUAUUACACCUGGACGAGCACCGGAGGGUACACCACGCCGGACACCCGGACGAUUUGGACUUUAACAGAAAUCAAUCAUUUUUCUUUCUUAUUUUUAAAAGUUUUUGAGUUGUCAUCUUAAUGCGAAA